UAAAAAAACAUUAAUGGCCUUUGUCUCUAUAUAUAUAGGAGACCGUCACAGGCUUCACAAUCCAUUCCCCUCCUAUCUCCUGUCUCUGUUUUGCUUCCAUUUCUUUCUUCAAUUAUCUUUUCUCUUCAAAGAUUUCAACUCUUUUCUCAGAAUGGGAAGUACUGAUGGGACCAGCUAUGGUGCUUACACCUAUGAUGCCCUGGAGAGGGAGCCUUACUGGCCAUCCGAGAAACUCCGAAUUUCCAUCACCGGUGCUGGUGGCUUCAUCGCUUCGCACAUCGCUCGACGUCUGAAGAGCGAAGGACAUUACAUCAUUGCUUCUGAUUGGAAGAAGAAUGAGCACAUGACAGAAGAUAUGUUCUGUCACGAAUUCCAUCUUGUUGAUCUUCGAGUGAUGGAAAAUUGCUUGAAGGUUACCAAUGGAGUGGAUCAUGUUUUCAACCUUGCCGCUGAUAUGGGUGGCAUGGGCUUCAUCCAGUCCAACCACUCUGUCAUUAUGUACAACAACACAAUGAUCAGUUUCAACAUGCUCGAGGCUGCUCGAAUCAGUGGAGUUAAGAGGUUUUUUUACGCCUCCAGUGCUUGUAUCUAUCCUGAAUUUAAGCAAUUGGAAACUAAUGUGAGCUUGAAAGAAUCCGAUGCCUGGCCUGCUGAGCCACAAGAUGCUUACGGCUUGGAGAAGCUUGCAACAGAGGAGUUGUGCAAGCAUUACACCAAAGACUUUGGAAUUGAAUGUCGCAUUGGAAGGUUCCACAACAUUUACGGCCCUUUUGGAACUUGGAAAGGUGGAAGGGAGAAGGCUCCAGCUGCCUUUUGCAGAAAGGCUAUUACUUCCAUUGACAAGUUUGAGAUGUGGGGAGAUGGUCUUCAGACUCGAUCUUUCACUUUCAUUGAUGAAUGUGUUGAAGGUGUACUUAGAUUGACAAAGUCCGAUUUCCGUGAGCCUGUGAACAUUGGAAGUGAUGAGAUGGUUAGCAUGAACGAGAUGGCGGAGAUUGUGCUUAGCUUUGAAGAUAAAAAGCUUCCGAUCCACCAUAUCCCUGGUCCAGAGGGUGUCCGUGGUCGUAAUUCAGACAAUACAUUGAUCAAAGAAAAACUUGGUUGGGCCCCUACAAUGAGGUUGAAGGAUGGGCUGAGAAUUACAUAUUUCUGGAUCAAGGAACAGAUUGAGAAAGAGAAGGCUCAAGGCAUUGAUCUAUCUGUUUAUGGAUCAUCUAAGGUGGUAGGAACCCAAGCACCGGUCCAGCUCGGGUCACUUCGUGCUGCUGACGGCAAAGAAUGAAGUAAACUUGCUUUGGAACCAAGUUUUAUUAUGAUAUAGCUAUGCUAAUGGCAUUGAAUCCAAAAAGUAUCAACCAAUAUCAGUUUAAGAUUAUUUAUUUUGUCGUAUUUAGUUUGUGCACUAUGAUCUUUGUCCAAGGGGAAGCUUUUAUGUUUCCACUCUAUCCAAAAUAGCUUGCUGUUGUAAGUUGAUAUGCUUAGGCUUUCAUAGCCUUUAUAUAAUAAAAUUUCUUUCUGCAUUUGAGUAUUGGAUUCAUAA